CUACGACAACAGAACAUAAACAAAUGGGGUAUCGCUGUCCCAGCUGGAGCCAUUCAGUUGCCACUUACAACAGUGCCAAGUCCAGAACUGAUGGGUAAAUAAUCCCAUCAUUUUGGAAGUGACCUUGACAUCUUUCAUCAUGCCCACCAAAUCCAGGAAAUCAAAGUCACAAAGUUCUAGGCCCACGAAGAAGACUGGGAGUCCAAAAACACCCAAAAAUCGGUCCGCCAGUGCCAAACCCACCAAGACAGAGGUGGACAUCCUCGGCCCAGCAGCCAUGGAGAACGUCUACUACAUUUCUCACAACGCAGUGGACUGUCUGAAGUUCAGAGGAUUUGGGUGGCCAAAUGCAGAUAAAAAGAAGAAGGGAGCAAAACGGAAGAAGCAAUAGUAAAUUAUACAUUUUGCCAAACCUAA